UAGCAUUGAUUAUAAUUGAUUGCAAUUGAUUAUUUGCACAAUUAAUUUUAUUGAUUAAAGACAAAAUUAUACAAAUUACAUUUUUUGCACUGGUAUAAAUUAAACCAAACAACCGUUGAAAAAAAUAAAAAAUAAAAUAAAACCGAACAAGAUAAAUGCUAUUUUAUACUGUAUUCACUAUAACGAGUAAACACAAACAUACUCUGUACAUAUAUAAAUCACUUCAAUUCAAAUCUGAAAAUUUACAUUGGUCGAACUGAACCCAACCUGAUCGACCAUACUUGCACCUUUAAAUUUGGGCAUGAGCGCGUGAGAAGUAUAAAUGAGCACAUUAAAAAAGUUACUAUCUCUUCAUAUCGCAAUAUUGUAGACCCAUCCCAAUGCAAUGAAUAAUGUCCUUAUUGGCUUAUCUUUUCCCACUAUAUGUCGUAUAUAUUUCUUUCAUUCUUGUGAUUUCUAAAGUUUUUUGCAGGCCACAAAGAUUUUUCUUAUCCUUCAAAAUUAUUAAUCAAUAAUAACACUCCAUUUUCAUUCCAAACUACAGAAUUGGUGUAUGUUGUUUGCGCUUAAACUUUGAAGUUAUUACAACUUUUUAAGAAAAAUCAGAAAAUAAAGAAGAAAAAGAGAUGAGAGUUGCAGUGGUAGGUGGAGGAAUAAGUGGACUAGGAGCAGCAUAUGAAGUUGCAAAAACAGGAAUAAAUGUGGUGUUGUAUGAGAAAGAAGAUUAUUUAGGUGGACAUGCCAAAACGGUUCGUUUUGAUGGCAUUGACUUGGACCUAGGUUUUAUGGUCUUUAAUCGGGUUACAUAUCCAAAUAUGAUGGAGCUCUUUGAAAGCCUUGGCAUUGAAAUGGAGGACUCUGAUAUGUCAUUUUCUGUUAGUUUAGAUAAAGGCCGCGGAUGUGAAUGGGGAAGUCGAAAUGGUAUAAGUGGUUUGUUUGCUCAGAAAACUAAUGCAGUAAAUCCAUACUUUUGGAAAAUGAUCCAGGAAAUCAUCAAGUUCAAGAAUGAAGUGAUCAUGUACCUUGAAGAGCUUGAAAAUAACCCAGAGAUGGAUCGGACUCAAACUCUUGGCCAUUUUAUCAAGUCUAGAGGUUACUCUGAGUUGUUUCAGAAGGCUUAUCUUGUUCCGAUGUGUGCUUCAAUCUGGUCUUGCCCUUCAGAGACAGUGAUGAACUUUUCGGCUUUCUCCAUACUUUCCUUCUGUCGUAACCACCACUUGCUUCAGCUAUUUGGCCGUCCACAAUGGCUUACUGUGAAAGGGCGCUCACAUUGUUAUGUAAAUAAGAUUAGGGAGGAGCUAGAGAAUCAAGGAGUUCAAGUAAAAACCAGUAGUGAGGUGAUUUCUGUUUCAACGAGUGAUGAGGGUUGUACCUUGUUAUGUAGUGAUGGUUCAGAAGACGUAUAUGACAGAUGCAUCAUAGCUGUUCAUGCACCAGAUGCCAUACAAAUGCUAGGAAACCAAGCUACAUAUGAUGAAAGAAGUAUAUUGGGUGCAUUCCAAUAUGUUUACAGUGAUAUAUAUCUCCAUCGUGAUAUAAAUUUCAUGCCCAAAAAUCCAGCAGCGUGGAGCGCAUGGAAUUUUCUUGGGACCAUUGACAACAAAUUGUGUUUAACAUACUGGCUAAAUGUACUACAGAAUAUCGAGUCCAGCCUUCCUUUUCUUGUGACUCUUAAUCCACCUCAUCAACCAGAAAAUAUGUUGCUUAAAUGGACAACUGGUCAUCCUGUACCCUCUGUCGCGGCAACAAAGGCUUCCCUUGACCUUGGUAAUAUUCAAGGAACAAGAGGAAUAUGGUUUUGUGGAGCAUAUCAAGGCUAUGGCUUCCAUGAGGAUGGAUUGAAGGCUGGCAUGGUUGCUGCACAAGGUGUGCUUGGAAAAAGCUUCAACAUUCUAACAAACCCGAAACAGAUGGUGCCUUCUUUGACAGAAACAGCUGCUAGACUUUUGGUAACUAGAUUCCUCAACGGCUUUAUUUCAGCUGGCUGUUUGAUUUUAUUGGAGGAGGGUGGCACUAUUUUGAAAUUUGAAGGCUCGAGCAAAAGAUGUCCUUUGAAAGUUGCUAUAAGAGUUCACAGCCCUCAGUUUUACUGGAAGGUAGCUACACAGGCAGAUUUAGGCCUUGCAGAUGCAUUUAUUAAUGGAGACUUCUCCUUUGUUGACAAAAAUGAUGGUCUUCUUAACCUUUUCAUGAUCUUUAUUGCCAACAGAGAUUCAAAUUCUUCUGCUUCACAAAUCAGCAAAAAGAGGGGCUGGUGGACACCAAUGCUUUUCACUGCUGGUAUUGCAUCUGCAAAGUAUUUCUACUAUCAUGUUUCUAGGCAAAAUACACUAACACAAGCUCGUCGAAAUAUUUCUCGCCACUAUGACUUGAGCAACGAAAUGUUUUCCCUCUUUUUGGACGAGACAAUGACUUACUCUUGUGCUGUCUUUGAGUCUGCAAAUGAAGACUUAAAAGUUGCACAAAUGAGGAAAAUCUCUCUUUUACUCGAAAAGGCCAGGGUAGAGAAACAUCAUGAGGUGCUUGAGAUCGGUUGUGGUUGGGGUAGCCUAGCUAUCGAAGUGGUGAAGAGAACUGGAUGCAGAUAUACUGGCAUUACUCUUUCAGAAGAACAACUCAUAUAUGCAGAACAAAGGGUACAAGAGGCUGGUUUACAGGAUCGUAUAAGAUUUCUUCUCUGUGAUUAUCGUCAAUUGCCAGGCACCCAUAAAUUUGACAGAAUUAUCUCCUGUGAGAUGCUUGAAGCCGUAGGCCAUGAAUUCAUGGAGGAAUUUUUCCAUUGUUCCGAAUCCAUCUUGGCAGUUAACGGUCUUCUUGUCCUUCAGUUCAUAUCUAUACCGGAUGACCGGUAUGAUGAAUACAGGAGAAGCUCAGAUUUCAUUAAAGAAUACAUAUUCCCAGGCGGAUGUCUACCUUGCUUGAGCAGAGUAACAUCAGCAAUGGCUGCUGCCUCUCGACUUUGUGUGGAGCACAUAGAAAACAUUGGGAUACACUACUAUCAAACACUAAGAUGCUGGCGAAAAAAUUUUCUAGAGCAUCAGAGCAAAAUUCGUUCACUUGGCUUCGACGAGAAAUUCAUAAGAACAUGGGAGUACUAUUUUGACUAUUGUGCAGCAGGAUUCAAGACACGGACAUUAGGGAAUUACCAGAUUGUAUUUUCGCGACCUGGAAAUCUCGCUGCAUUUGGUGAUCCAUUUGCAGGCACACCCUUACCUCAUUGAACUCGGUACAAGCGUUCAUCAGAUCAUUUCACGCUUCAUGGUGCAGAACACCCUUAGCGUCGACCAUUUUUCGUUUCACAUUUGAGAUUGCAUUACCAUUUGCUAGAAUUCCUGGCACUCUAUUAGUUCCAUUGAUUGAUUCAAUUUUUAAGAGAGCUUCACAGCUUCCUCAAAUGAGGUUGUACAUUGAAAAUAUCAGUGUGAUCAUUCAAACAUCAAUUAAGAUAGAAACUGCAUACAUUGAUUAUGCAGAUGUUACUCAAGGGUAAACACAAGGAACAAUUAAAGGUCCUAAGCUGAACCAAAUCGAGCCAAAAAAAAAAAAAAAAAAAACCCAGAAAUUUUAGGCUGCUCGCUUUUGUUAUUCAAAUACAUGAACAAGCUCAAAUUACUUACCUAAAAUUUUAUUCCUUUUUAGUUCA